GCUCGCUGAAACAGCAGACUACGCAUGGACAGCAGCGAUAUCUGGAAGCUGCCUCUGCAAAGAAAGAUAAAAUGGAUUGGCAGGCGCAAUGUGACAGAGACCUGGCAUCAGCAGUCUAUCAUGGAAAUGUUGACGCACUGAAAGAACUCAUAUCAAAAGGUGGCAAUCCAAAUGCAAAGGGCUAUAAUAAUGAGCCACUGCUGUUACAUGCAGCUGGCUGUAAUAAAGUGGAAGUUGUCAGAUAUCUUCUGAAUGAUCUCCAUGUUCCAAUUGAAAUCCAUGAUAAACAUGGAAAUACGGCUCUUUUGACUGCAGCAUCACAUGGAGCCUUGGAAGUGCUGCAGUUCCUGAUCUCAGCUGGUGCCAAUAUUCUGGCUACAAAUGCUUUGGAGGAGACAGCAUUGCAUCUCUCUGCACGCACGGAGUCAGUGGAAACCUUCAAGUUCCUCCAGCAGUCAGGAAUUCCCAUGGAUGCCGUGGAUAUUCGAGGCAGAACUUUUCUCCAUCAUGCAGCUGAAUUUGCAUAUCCAAAGAUGGUGGAAUGCAUCUUACAAGGGAGCUGGCUGCCUGUUGACUGCCUAGACAAGAAUGGACAAACACCACUGAUGUUGACAGCAGACUUCCCACGGAAUGAGAGAGAUCCUGUCAUACAUAGCAGCUGGUUCAGUUGUGAAGAUUAUGUCAACCAGGUUAUAAAGCUUCUCCUUAGUGCUGGAGCUGAUCUUUCAAGAAAGGAUGUGCUUGGAAGGAGUGCACUUCACAGAACACUUGGCAAUAGAGAAAAUUUUGAAUUCUUAUGGAAAAAAUGUAAAGAUUUCACACAUUCUGUUGAUAAAAAAGGACAGACACCAAUACAUAGAGCGCUCUCAGCUUUCCGCUUUCAUUGGGACAUGCAUCACAUAAUGCGACUCUUGCUGGAAGCUGGUGCAGAUGCCAAAUCACUUGAUUCAGAAGGAAGGACAGCUUUGUACAUUGCAUUAGAGAAGCAAUGCUCUUAUGAAGUGCAGGCAUUAAUAAAAUCAGGAGCUGAAACAUCAUGCCUGGAGAAAGACAGUCUCACUAAGAUUCUCCACAUUGCAGUCAGUAAUGAUGACUAUGAGCAAACAAAUAGAAUGAUUGCUGAAGGUGCAGAUGUAAAUGGCAGACAGAGUUUUAAUAGAGACUCGCCAUCAACAGAAAAAGGCCACACUAUAAGAUGUUUGGGGUGCUAUGAAGCAGGCGGACCUGUAUAUUAUGAAUUGUCGGGGGAAUCUCCUUUGUUUGAGGCACUUAGGUCUCCAAAGAUCUUCAAAUUGUUGAUUGAUUCGGGGGCAGAUGUGAAUUUCAAAGAUGACCAUGGUUGUACAGCACUUCAUAGAGCUGUUGGUGAUAAGCACUGUGAGGUGCUGGAAAUGCUGCUGGAUGCUGGUGCUGAUCCAAAUAUUGUAGAUGAUUGUGGAGUAUCAUCGCUCCACACACUAUCAUAUAGACGUGCAGAUGUCAGGGACAUUACAAAAUUUGCAGAAAGGCUCUUACAAGCUGGAGCCAGUGUGAAUGUGGCAGAUCAUAAUGGCAGAACACCAUUACAUUACGCAACAAAAAGAGGAGAUUCAAAGCAUGUGAAAAUUUUACUCAAUGCUGGAGCCAAUGUUAAUGCCAUGGAUGUGAAUGGUGCAACUCCACUCCUCGUAACUGAUAAACGUCACUUUACACAGAUAAUCAAGUUAUUAGUUGAUGCUGGAGCAAAUGUGAAUUUGAAAGAUGUCCAUGGUUGUUCGCCACUUCAAAAAGCAGUUGAUAAUAGAAACUUUGAGGCCUUGGAAGUGCUACUGGAUGCUGGUGCUGAUCCAAAUAUUGUAGAUGAAUGUGGGGUAUCACUGCUCAACAUUGUGUCAAGUAGACCUGUGAAUACCAAGGAUGUUCCAAAGUUUGCUGAAAGGCUUCUACAAGCUGGAUCCAAUGUGAAUCUUAAAGAUCAUAAUGGCAUAACACCACUUCAUUGUGCAGCAAAGACAGGAAACUGUAAGCUCAUAAACAUUCUACUCAGUGCUGGAGCUGAUGUUAAUUCCAUGGAUGUGAAUGGUGCAACUCCAUUACUCAUGACAUCUAAACACUGCUUUACGCAGGCUGCACAAUUGCUGCUUGAUGCUGGAGCUAAUUUAACAGCAAGUGAUAAAGAUGGUCAGCAAAUCAUACAUAAGGCUUCCCAAUUUGGGGACACUUCAGCCAUUGAUUAUCUUGUGGAAAAGUGGCCAUCAACAUGGGGCUGUGACAGCCAUGGAAAUACUGUCCUACACUUUGCUGCUAGAAGUCGUAGAAAUAGACUGAUCAGCAUAGAGCAUAUCUUAAAGAGGAAUCUGGUGUCUGUAGAUGAGAGGAAUGGGGAAGGACAAACAGCACUAGCAGUGCUUGUGGAGCAUGGUAGUAAAUCGCACUCUACACACAGUGAAGUAGAGAUAUUAUUGACAGAAGGAGCAAGUCCCACUACAAAGGACAACAAUGGGAAAAUGCCUCUGCAUACCGCAGCUAGUGUCGGCGAUGUGAAGGUAGUGGAGGCCUUGGUUGCGGCUGGAGCAGAUGUCAGACUGAAAGAUGUCACUGGUCGAACACCCCUGCACUGGGCAGCCAAGGCACACAGUGUGGAAGGUCUGGAGCUGUUACUGAAAAAGGCAGCAAGCAUUGAUGAACAGGACAGUGAUGGUCAAACCCCACUGAUGCUUGCUGUUGGUAGCAGUAAUGCAGUCAAUUUACUGCUGAGGAAAGGUGCGAGUAUAAAUGUGAAAAAUCACUCCGGGAAGGCAGCCCUGGAAGAAGCAAUGGAUCAUGGCAGUCACGAUGCAGUAAAAUUACUGUGGACUGCAGUAAGCAACUUAAAGGACAUUCCACAGGAAUACUGCAUCAAAGCAGUUCAUGUAGCUGUAAAAUCAGGAGAUGAGGAGAUGUUGGACCAUUUGAUUUCUUUGGGGAUAUCUUUGUCAGACUGCUGGUGGGAUCCUGAGCAUGAGACAACAUUGCUGCACUGUGCAGCACAGUCAAGUGUAGAAAUGCUGAAGAAACUAAUAGACAAUGGUCACACUGAAAGUGCACAUGACCACAAGGGAUGCUCCCCAUUACACAUUGCAGUUCAAUCAUUAAAUUUCAUGGGCACAAAAUAUUUACUUGAAGAUGCAAAUGUUCCAGUGAAUGAGAGGAAUGCCGAUGGUAGAACAGCCUUGAUGUUGGCAGUCAGUGAUUCUUGGUAUUAUCCUGAUGUAUUUGACAUGCUUGAGAUUCUGGUGAAUGCGGGGGCAGAUAUUAAUGCUCAAGACAAAGAUGGGAAGACUGCCUACCAGUUGGCAUAUUAUGCUUGGGCUGACAUGACUCAUGAUGUACUAGAUUAUAUGCAAUUUCGACUCUGAUUGUAUAGGGGAAGUGGAAAAUCAUGCCUUUGAAGGACUGAAGCAGUUCUUUACCUUCAGUAUCUUUCUGUAUUUGUAAUUACAUUUAAGUGCCACCUGAAUAAAUAACUAAACUUUAUGUCUAACAUUCUCAUUCUGAUGUUCAUGUUUAUGAAUUAAUGUAAUUCUUGUAAAUAAUAAAAAAGACAUAGACAUGAA